GGAAGGAUUGAAGAUUGCCUAGACCUGGUCAUCGUGACCGAAACUGCCGAUUCAAGUCAAUAUCGCUUAUCAUUAUCCACUAACAACCCAAUCACACAGGCGUCCAGGACAAGACAAAGAAAGGUCCAUAACCCGCCAAUUGACUUGUUACUUACAGCCUCUUUCAAUCAACUCUGCUUCGACAUGGCCGACGAUACACCAGAUACCGUGCCAGAGGGCGUGGCGGCGGAUGGCCCCAAGAAAGAUGAGACGGGGAAACCUCUCCAGGAAUCGGCGCCGAAGACAGCUCCGGCUUCAACUUCGGCUUCAAUGCCAACUCGUAGCCCCGGACCCGGGACUGCGCCGGUUACUUCGGCCCCUCCCACUCGGCCCUUCUAUGUCCCACAGUUCACCGCAGCCACGCAAAUGAUACUUCAGCGGGUGAAAGGCGAGCCGAGUAGUCUGAGCGCGGCUUUAUCUCAGGCGUCUCGCUCGCCGUCUAUCACGCCCAGCAUCUCCUCGGCGACGUACGAAGACGUGAAGAGACGGCUGGUAAUGGGCAUGAACACCUCGACUCAGAUGACGAUGCAGAUGCCCGCCGCACCCUCGGCUGCUCGGUCAAUGCCUUCUACACUUCCAGUACCGAAACCCACCCCAUCACCGGCGCCCGCGCCGGCGCCUGCACCCGCAUCCGCACCCGCAUCCGCAGCCGCACCCACACCCGCACCCACACCCGCGGCGACGAAGCCAAAGAGCGGCACGGCAGGCAUGAGCGCCAUCAGGAAGGUCACGGCUGGCCUGACGGCCUCAUCAAAACCCACUCCAAUUAAAACCGCUCCCGCCAAGGUCCCCCCUUCCGAGCGCAAGACAAAGAAGACAAAGCUACCGCCCUCGUCGCGCGGUCCAGGCGUCAAGCGGAAACGAACCAAAUCCCAAGCCAACCAGGAUGACGACGACGACGAGGAUGGCACAAGCAGUAUGUCAAGCCUCUCUUCCACGCCCGAGGCUUUCUCAGCAGCAACACAACCCACCCAGUCCACCGCCCCCUCCACUCCAGUCCUCCUCACGAUGACCAAGUCUGGCCGGCAAGUCCUCAAACCAGCCGCUUACAAUCCGGCUGCCAUGGACGCCGCCAGCAAGCGGACCCGACCCGCCCACCAUUACGGUAAGCGCACCGCCGAGCAGGCCCUCUGCAAAAAGUGCAGCCGCAUGCACAGUCCGGCCACCAACCAGAUGGUCUUUUGCGACGGGUGCAACGACGGUUGGCACCAGCUCUGCCACGACCCCUGGAUCCCUGACGACGUGGUGCGGGACCAAAGCAAGACCUGGCUGUGUGCGCCCUGUAUGGAGAAACGAGAACGAGAAAAACACCACCAUCACCACCACCACAACAACAACAAACGGCAGAAGGUCGAACAGCAUAAUCCUCAUCAUCAUCACCACCAGCAUCAGCAAGGGUCAAAAGCCAAAGGGGCAGAGGGCCAAGAGAAAGUGAGCUGGGCGAACCGCCCGGCUCAACAGAAGCGGGCUUACCUCUCGACCCUACCGCAGCAGGAGUUGGUGGCACUCCUGAUGACCUGCCUCGAAAUCCAUCCGGAUCUGCCCAUCUUUCCUGCCCCAUCCUCUUCAGCGGACAAUCGUCCGACAACAACAACAACUACUACUACUACUACGACUACCACAUCAACGACAACGACGUCGACGGGAGCCGGGCCCAGGUCUAUCUUCGCGAGUACGACGACCGAGGGCUUGUUCUCCCGCGCUGAGGCCCAUCCGACGGCACAGAUCAACUAUGUGAGGAAGGUCGGUGCUGUCGGCGCCGGCGGCGGCAGCGGGAAGGGAACCAAAGGCGGCAGCGGCGGUGGGAGUCAGAAGGAAGGCAGCUCGGAGAGGGCCGCGACUGGGAACGAGGAGGACGACGAGUUUGACCCGCUCGUGGCGCUGUGGCCCCGUGCCGGCAAGGGCAUGUACUCCCGCCUGCCCCCGGACACGGAAGACGAGGCGACGCUGGUCGACGAGGGCGACUUUGAGGCGUUCAGCGUCAUUGUCUAUGAUGAUAAGGGAAGGAAGUUGGAAGAGAACGGGAUGAAAGUCUGAUCAGUGAGGGAGCCGGGGGGGGAAAGGGGAAUGAAGAGCAGGGACUUCGGUGAGUAUGGAUGGCUCAGCCGCUUCCUUGCUGCUGCUGCUGUUUCGCUCGGGCUUGUCUGGCCUGCAUGCAUCCCUCUCGACGCCCGUUUGGCAUCCGGAAUUGGAUUUGGCCGACACGCAUGGUCCUUGGAGGAUGCUACUCUAAAGGCCCCUUUGGCCACGCCAUGUUCUUCGGUGGCUACGUAAUUCAGCAUGCC